CCAUUGAGUCUUCAACGAUCACCGACCCAAAACAAAAACAAAAAAAAAUAAAGAGAGAGAGAAAACGGAACAAGGUAAUGUAAAAGAGAAGAAAAAUCUCUAGCAUGUCUACGUCACCGUCCAGCACCAUGGGUAAGAUCUUGACGGUGAUGCAGACCCUUAACUUCUACCUUUCGGAGCACCCAGCAAUUGUAGGGUUCCGAUGGAGCCCCGCUUUAAGCUGGGGCUCUACUUGGUCUUUCCUCUUCACAUCAAUCGCCGUGUACGUCGUUCUCUCUGUUAUUCUCCACCUUUUACUCGCCUUGCUUCUUCGUCGUGGCCAAACCGUUCCGCUUGGACCAUUACCCGCGCUUCAUAGCCUCUCCAUGGCCCUUAUCUCCGUCACCAUAUUCACCGGGAUAUUGAUCUCCUCCACCGCGGAAAUCAAAGAGACACGCUGGUUCUGGCGUCGCUCUAAAACGCCGUUUCAAUGGCUCCUAUGUUUCCCUCUCGGGACUCGUCCCUCUGGUCGCGUCUUUUUCUGGUCGUACGUUUUCUACUUGUCGCAUUUCCUUCACAUGGUGAGAACCGUGUUUGUAAUCAUACGAUAUCGUAAGCUAGUUUUCUUUGAGCUCUUUUACCAUUCCAUAUACACAUGCACGUCCUUCUUGUGGUUGGAGUUCUCGCAAUCGUUUCAAGUGCUCGCGAUUUUGUUCACCACUUUGGUGUACUCCGUCAUGUACGGUUACAGGUUCUGGAACGCAAUCGCGGCGCGUGGCGCGUGCUUCCGUUUCGAGCUUAAUUGCCUAAUUGUGCUCUUGGGAUGUAACUUGGUGUGUCAUUUUGGGGUCCCUUUGUUGCAUUUUUCCAAAGGUGGGUGUAACGGGAUUGGCGCUUGGGUCUUCAAUUCUGUGCUCAACGGUGCUGUUUUGUUUCUGUUUAUCAAUUUUUAUGUGAGAGUGUAUUUCGGGAAAAGAAGAAACCUUGCGGGUGUGGGUGAUCGGGGUAAGAACAUUGAUGGUUCAUUUUCUGUCUUAGGCACUGGAAAGGAAGCAAAUAGUAAAAAAUUGAAGUCCAAUUAAAGCACAACUUGGUAGGGUGAGUGCUGCGAUUUUGACAUGGUGUGCAUUUUUCACCCUUUUUUGUAAUUAAAAGGCAUGCAGGUCUAUACGUAGCAAGUUCGAAAUUUUGUUGGGAACUGGAUUUUGACGUGUGUUGUAAGUUUUUCUUUUUUACAAGUACUGUAAGUGAUGUAAUCAUCUUUCAUCUCUUUCACAAAUUAAAGCCUUUCUCAAU